AUGACAAUCCACCCCAUGAAGAUCAAGCGCAACAACAACGAUGACAAUGAUGAUGGUCUUGACGAGCUAGACUUACUCAAGAUUGCAGAGGCACGGGCAAAAGGAGACACUGGAGUCGAGGAUGAAAGCCAAGCCUUGCUGAACAAGGCACAGGACGACCAUGCGGUCCAAGCGUCCUCUUCUUCAAGACGCACAGCAAAGGCACCUGCACGAACUCGCCGAACGCGACGACAGCAUGGCGCUACUACCCGACGCACACCAGCGCCAAGCACUGGACCGUCGAAUGAUGAUGAAGUGACUAGCGAUGGAGUGGCUGGCGAUGAGGAACUAGAGAUGGUCAAGAUUCUAGAGGCAAGGGCGAGAGCAACAGCUCAUCAGGGCAACGCUGCCUCUAAUACUGAAGAUCAUUCUCCGGUCCAAGUAGCACCAAGUCACUACACCUCCAAGGCCGUCCUGAGAAAUAGAAGAGAUGCGCUAGAAGAGGACUAUGACGACCCAGAAAUUCUAAAGAUUGUCCAGGCCAGGGCGGAAAAGGCCAAUAAACAAGAAGAAAAGACAGAAGAAUUGGCUGAUGCUCCUGGUAAUGCAAGCAUUAAGACCGCUGCACAAGUGUCUUCUUCCAGCGCCGCUGAAUCCAGGCCAGGUGCUUAUGCAGGAGCACCUGGAGUUGUCUUGCAACGGGCCGACACUAUGCGGUAUUCUCGAAUUGGAAUCGUUCAACCACUAUCCAUGUCGUCUCUAAUGUCAGACAUGGGCACCAGCCAAAAAUCUAAAGACUUUCAAGUUGAUGGCAUUCACAGUAGUCGAUCUGGUUUGAUGGUUGCCAAUCUGGUUACUGAACCAAGCCACCAGAAUCUGCCAUUUGCUGAAGAAUUGGAUUUCAUUGAUGAGAAUGAUAUUGAAGAACAGAAGGCUGAGAGUAAGAGGCGCGCCUUGAUAGGUGCGUUGAAAUGGCUGGCUUCGGGAGUGGUGAUUGUCGUGGUGAUUGUCCUGGCAGUGGUUCUCGGGACCAGAAAAAAGACACCGCCAACAUCAACCGCGGAAUCUCGAAUGGCAUCUACUGAACCAACCACCUCUGUGAUGCCCUCAUUCUCCCCAUCAUCCCUGCCCAGUGAGGCACCAUUAUCAUCAAGAUUAGCCAUCAAAGGGCUCCCAGAAAAUAUAGCUGAGGCGAUUGGUAGGCCUGGUACCCCACAGCAGAAGGCUUAUGACUGGACAUUUCGACAUCCAGAAUUUGAUGGCAUGCCAAAUUGGCAAAAACAGCAAUUAUUUGCAUUGGGGACCUUCUACUUUUCAUUCGAGAACUGGCCUGAUGAUUACCACUGGAUGGACUAUGGUAACUCAGAAUGUUUCUGGACUACAGAAUUGGAUUCGCACCAGGAGGGUCCCUCAACAAUGGAUUGGAUGCCAGAAGGAUAUUUCCGUCAUGCUUGCAUGAUGGUUUCAGGUAUUAACUUGGACUAUGUUCCAGAUCCUUGGAUCUCCAACUGCAAUGAUGAAGGCCACUUCCACUACAUGAAGCUCAAACUCUCCACCUGGGAUGGCCCUCCAGUUCAUGGGACCCUGCCACCUGAAGUAUUCCUCCUUACUGGGCUCACAAUUUUGGAUAUCCAUGAUGCUGGUAUCACUGGGAGUAUUCCUUCGGAGAUUGGUAUGCUUUCCAUCUUGACAAACCUGAACCUUCACACCAAUCAAAUCACAGGAAAGAUCCCUUCAGAGGUUGGGAGGCUUCCAUUACUGCAAAAACUGGACCUGCACAGCAACCAGAUCUCUGGUUCCAUCCCAGCAAUCCUAGGAAAGACUAACCUGACUGGGCUCCAUUUAGAUGACAAUGCCAUAUCAGGUACCCUGCCAGCAGGGUUAGGUUCAUUAUCGGGUCUCAAGCUCCUGGAAUUGCAGUCCAACCGCAUUUCUGGCACACUUCCUCCUGAGUUGGCAAAUUGUAGUGGACUGAUUAGGCUUAAUGCCAGAAACAACUCUCUGACAGGACUAUCUUCAGAAAUUGGGUUGAUGACAAGUUUGAAUUUCCUUCUGCUUCGAGAUAAUCAGAUCGAGGGGACAAUCCCAAGUGAAAUUGGGCUGUUGUCAAAUUUGCUAUAUCUCAGCAUGGAGCGAAACUCAAUUACUGCUUUUCCUUUCAGUUUCAAUCAAUCUGUCAUUUAUCAGCUUGAUUUACAGGACAAUCAACUUUCCUUUAUCCCAAGUGAGAUUGGUUGGUUGGGAGACUCGGUCGGGGAGGUGGAUCUUAGCAACAACAAUAUAGCCAUUUUGCCCAGUGAAUUGUUCCUCUUGACAAGCCUUGUCGCGCUUCACCUCGAUGGAAACCAGAUAAAGCAUUUGCCGAAGGAAAUAGAACAAAUGACAAAUCUGGAGCCUUGUAGAUGGGGUUGGCUAUCCUUGUCGAACAACAAGCUCACUUCCAUACCCGUGGAAAUUGGGAGACUAACAGAUUUGCAGUCCUGGACAAUGGACAGCAAUCGCAUUUCAGCAUUUCCUGAUGUGGACUGGUCCAGCUUAUCAAACUUGAAGGCAAUCCAGCUAUCUCACAACUUGCUGAGCUCCAGUGUUCCAUCGGAAGUUGGUCUCCUGCAGCAGCUCAUUGAGCUGGACCUGUCAUCAAAUGGCUUGAUUGGGAGCAUACCUUCAGAAAUUGGAAAUCUUGAGAACUCAUCUAGCUGUUGGGGGACUGAUUCAUUCUUUGGUGCCUAUGAAUCCAACUGUGCUAUGUUGCUUCUUCUGGACCUUCAUAACAAUUCACUGACUGGCUCACUUGCGACCGAGAUGGCAAGAUUGACUGGAUUAGAAGUGCUGGACAUUUCCUUCAAUAAGAUAUCCGGUCCUAUCCCAUCCGAACUUGGGCAGCUCUUGACCACUCUUACGAAAUACAAUGCUACACUUGAUGACUAUGUUGAGAAGGAGACAUCCCUGAUUCAAACACUUGAUCUGAGCAACAACCAGCUGAGUGGGUGGUUGCCAUCAGAGCUUGGCCUUUUGACAAGCCUGGAAACUCUGGACUUGUCAUUCAACAGCCUUACAGGAACCAUUCCCAGUGAGCUGGGAAAUUUUAAUGCUUCUGCAAGUGCAAUCAUGUUGCUGGGGAAUGAGUUUUCUGGGAGGCUUCCAGAGAGUUUGUGCCCCCGGUAUUGUGCAACUGUAUUGUGUUCUGUGGAAUCAACAGCCAGUAAUAUCUUUGUGCCCAAUCCAGACUGUAGCAUGGUGGCUUUGUUUGAAGUCGACUGCUCAAGUGAAUCAUUGCUUGAUUGCAGCAUUUGUUCUUGUGCGUGA